UAUGCUGCCAACUGGUAUGCAGGGUGAACGUUCGCGCCCGGCGCCAUUUUUAAUUUUUCGCGCGUUUUCCCACAUUUUCGCGAUCAUCACGUACUGAAAUUCCCAGUGUCCUUAUGAAGGAAGUAAUUUUAGAUUUACUUUGGGAGUUAUCAAACAGCCGGUGUUUUCAGGAUAAUAAUUUUUACCGAAUACUAGAGAGGUUAACCCAAGAAUGAAACGCAAUGAGUCCGUGAAGAGCGUCACAAGGUUCAGGAGCGACCACCAGCGGCCGGCGUUGGCGCUGAGCUUCCGCCAGAACUCGCUUACGAUCGGCUCGCUCGCUCAACACUCCGCUUAUCUUGCUCAGAAAGCCUACAAGGAGGAAGAAGCUGGGGACCCUAAUAGCCAAGCGCCAGCUGUUUCUUGGUGUAAACUAUUUCGUUUCGCAAAACCAUGGGAGUUUGUACUACUAUUCGCGGGCGUCAUCUUCGCAACUCUAAGCGGCCUGUUUGUACCGGUUGGCGUUAUCGUCUACGGAGAGUUCACAUCGCUGCUGAUAGACCGCACGGUUAUGAACGGGACGUCUACACCUACCCUAACAAUCGCGUGGUUCGGUGGUGGGAGGAUUCUUACAAAUGCGAGCCCCGAAGAGAACCGUCAGGCGUUGAUUGAGGACUCCCAAGCUUUCGGCAUCGGAUGCACCAUAUUCUCUGUACUGCAGUUCAUCGUGUCGGCCAUCAGUGUGGACCUUUUCAACUAUGCUGCUCUUAGACAGAUUGACAGAGUAAAAAAAAGGUUCUUAGAAGCCGUGCUACGUCAAGAUAUUACUUGGUAUGACCUGAAUACAUCAAUGAACUUCGCGACGAAAGUGUCAGAUGACGUGGAGAAAUACCGCGAAGGUAUCGGCGAGAAGGUGCCAAUGUUCAUCUACCUGGUGAUGUCGUUUGUGACUGCGGUCAUUAUAUCGUUCGCAUACGGCUGGGAACUGACACUUGUAAUCCUGUCGUGUGCACCAAUCAUUAUAGCUACUACUGCUAUCGUUGCUAAGGUACAAUCAUCACUGACGACUCAAGAGCUGAAAGCUUACAGCAUUGCUGGCGUUGUUGCCGAAGAAGUACUGUCGUCGAUACGUACGGUUGUCGCCUUUGGGGGUGAAGAAAAGGAGAUACAAAGAUACCAAAAACGCUUAGAUCCAGCAAAGAAGAUGGGCAUACGGAAGGGAGUAUACUCGGGAAUCGGCAGUGGGGUAAUGUGGCUUAUCAUCUACGCAACUUACGCGCUGGCCUUCUGGUAUGGUGUAGGCUUGAUCUUGGAUAGCAGACAUGAGGAAGAACCGGUGUACACGCCUGCUGUGCUGAUGAUUGUAUUCUUCAGUGUCCUGCAAGGUGCCCAGAAUGUAGGUCUCACGGCCCCACAUCUGGAAGCCAUGGCCAGCGCUCGAGCGUCAGCUGGUGCGAUAUUUGCAGUGAUUGAUAGAAAACCCGCUAUUGACAGUCUCUCGGAGGAAGGUAGCAAACCUACAUUAGACGGCAACAUGGAGUUAAGGAAUGUUUACUUCAGAUAUCCAGCAAGACCAGAUGUCCAGGUCCUUAAUGGGCUAUCUCUGGAGAUACGCCGCAAUGAGACAAUAGCACUAGUAGGGGCCAGUGGAAGCGGUAAAUCCACAGUGCUACAACUACUUCAGAGGAUGUAUGACCCAGACGUGGGGUCAGUGAUCGCUUCAGGGAAUGACCUAAGAGAUAUCAAUGUGCAUCACUUUAGGAAUCACGUUGCUGUAGUUGGACAGGAGCCAGUGUUGUUCGCUGGGACAAUUAAGGAGAAUAUUCGAAUGAGUAAUCCACAAUGCACGGAUGAGGAAAUAAUUAUGGCGUCAAAACAAGCGUACUGCCACAGCUUUAUAAAGCAUCUGCCAAAUGGUUAUGACACAUUAAUAGGCGAGAGAGGUGCCCAAUUAUCAGGAGGACAGAAACAACGUAUUGCAAUCGCUCGUGCCUUAGUAAGGAAACCAAAGAUUCUCAUCCUGGAUGAAGCCACUUCAGCACUGGACUCACAAAGUGAAGCCAAGGUACAGAGGGCUCUUGAUGCUGCCGCUGCUGGAAGGACCACCAUUAUGGUGAGCCACAGAUUAGCAACUGUGCUUAAUGCAAACCGAAUUGUAUUCAUUGAGAAAGGUGAAGUCGUAGAAGAUGGUACUCACGAAGAACUGAUGGUCCUCCGAGGACGCUACUACCAACUAGUACUUGAGAAUGAACCCAGCAUCGCACCUGAUGCUAGUACCCCAGAAAGUUCUAAAAAACCUAACUCUAAUUCAACUACAGAUGCUAGGAUACGAAGACCGAAAUUAGAAAAACUGGUCUCGCUUGAUUCAAUGACGAGUGUCGAUAUAGAUGAAGAUUCAGGCUCCGAAGAUGAGGUAGAACCGGAUCAGAAGGAGGUGAAGGAAUAUGAACCGACGACUUGGGAAAUUAUGAAACUGUGUGAACCCGAGAAAUAUCUAAUGACCAUAGGAAUUAUUGCUGCGAUUGCUGUUGGGUCGUCCUUUCCAUGUUUUGCCAUCCUUUUCGGAGAGACUUAUGGUCUAUUGGAAAGUAAAGAUGAAGACUACGUACGUGGUGGUACCAAUUGGAUCGCAGUGCUCUUUCUAUUGGUUGGCGUGUACACUGGCUUCGGUAUUUUCUUCCAAAUAUAUAUAUUCAAUUUGACUGGCGUAAGGCUAACUGCAAGGCUCAGGGUAGCUGCUUUUAAAACAAUGCUGGCGCAGGAGAUGGGAUGGUUUGACCACCCUCUUAACGGCAUCGGAGCUCUGUGCGCCCGCCUUGCUGCCGACGCUGCAGCUGUGCAGGGGGCAACUGGCACGAGGAUCGGUGCGCUGAUGCAAGCGGCCGCCACAAUCUCCAUUGGUAUCCUAGUAUCAAUGUACUUCACGUGGCGCAUGACUCUCGUCUCCCUCGUUUCGGUACCGAUGGUGAUAAUAGCCGUGGUGCUCGAGGGCCGAAUACUGGCUGAGGGUAUUGCGACGAUCAGAGAAGCUUCUAACAAAGCGACAACCAUAGCGACAGAAGCGAUCACCAAUAUUAGGACCGUGUCUGCUUUUUGUGGCGAAAAGAGCAUACUCGCUCGUUACAAUACGGCAGGGAUAAACGCACGAUUAGCGGCUAGAAAGAGUUUACGUUGGCGAGGUUGCGUGUUUGCUUUCGGGCAAACUGCUCCCGUAGCUGGCUACGCGCUGUCUCUAUGGUAUGGUGGUAUUCUUGUGGCAAAUCGGGAGGUGCCUUACAAAGAUGUUAUAAAAGUCUCAGAAGCGCUUAUAUUCGGCGCUUGGAUGAUGGGACAAGCUUUAGCGUUCGCACCUAACUUUGGCGCAGCUGUGUUAGCGGCGGGUCGUGUCAUGACGCUCCUCGAGAGGAAACCACUCGUUGAAAGUACACACGCUCCUUCCGUAUCUGAGAACUAUGUCGCAGAUGGUAAGAUCCAAUACAAAAACAUAAAGUUCCGUUAUCCAACGCGUCGCGAAGUUCAAGUGUUGCGUGGACUUUCACUGGCGAUUCCCAAAGGAAAACGCGUAGCACUCGUUGGACCUAGUGGCUGCGGAAAAUCCACUCUCAUACAACUUCUACAGAGGCUGUACGAUCCCGACGACGGUAAUGUGUAUUUGGACGAUCACAGCAUAGUGGGCGACAUGCGACUAUCAACCCUCCGUCGGAACUUAGGUAUCGUGUCUCAAGAGCCAGUACUUUUUGAUCGCACCAUCGCUGAGAAUAUCGCGUACGGUGACAACACGCGUGACGUGCCUAUCGAAGAGAUCGUUAAAGCUGCAAAGGCUGCUAAUGUUCAUACGUUUAUCGCCGCAUUACCUGAAGCUUACAACACGCGUAUCGGUGCACGCGCGUCCCAACUGUCCGGCGGACAAAAACAGCGGAUUGCCAUCGCCCGUGCGCUUGUGCGCAACCCACGCGUGUUGCUGCUCGAUGAAGCUACAUCUGCGUUGGACACUCACAGCGAAAGGGUGGUUCAAGAAGCUCUAGACAGAGCGAGCGAAGGCAGAACAUGCCUCAUAAUAGCCCAUCGCCUCGCUACUAUAAAGAACGCGGACGUCAUAUGCGUCAUCGACCAGGGUGUGGUCGCCGAAAUGGGAACGCAUAACGAACUUAUCGCAUUAAGGAAAAUAUACGCAAAGCUCUAUGAACUGCAGUGCGGAUUUGUUGAAGAGAGCGAAGAGAAUCUAGCCGACGAACAGGAAACAUAGACAAGCAAAAUUAUAGAAGGUCGCACAAACGUGGAAGCAAGCUUGAAAUAAAACAAAAGAAAAUCGUCUUUUAUGACGAUAUUUUCUAACAUCAAGUUCCAAUUAUAUGAAAUGAAGAAAAUUACAUUUAUACCAGUAAAAAAUUUUCAUCCUUGUUUAUGCUGAAGUAGGUACCUACUACUAGUUAAAUUUCCUAAAUAAUAUUUAAACUAGUAGUAACCUACCCUCAAUAGUUUUAAGGUUAGUUUAAUGUUAUUUAAUGCCAAUUGUCGAUAUCUAUCAGAAAAUAUAUCCACAAGUGUAACCGAAAAGUUGUGACUAUAAAAUAGUUGACGCAAAUACACUCGACGCAAUUUCGCCAAUUUAUUGUCCUUCAUUACCUGAAUUCUAAGUACCUAUUAUAAUAAACGUUGGCCGAACUUACUUAAAUUAUAAGGUUAAAUGGCAAGUUAAUAAAAUAACGUUCUAGUCAUUAUAUAUUCUUUAAAAUUUUGCAUUAUAAAUAUCUUUUUUUCGUCCACUUAUUUUAUUAUUAACUUUGCACAUUGUAUAAACCAACCAAUUUACCAUUCCGAAAAACACCCUAGCUAGUACAUUCCCUUGAAAGCAAAACCCUCUUACAUUCCUGUAGUAAAAGACAGUCUUAAAACUAACAUAAUAUCUAUCUAUGUAUUGCACUUAUUUUGUAUAUAUCAUAACCUAAAUGGACGGCUCUAAAAACAAUGCAAUUUAUUUCAUCAGUGAGGAGAGAUUGCGGUCUCUUCUCUAAAAGUUUAGUUUAGUAUAAUAACAUUAGGGUUUUAGCCAGUAUUUCAAUACCUAGCCCUAAUUUUGGUUGUAAAUCUCUCAACAAAUGUGUUAACAGGUCAAAAAUAUUCUCUUUUAAUAUAACUCUUUUGUAUCAAGGCACAUCAAGGCACAUAUUAUUGUAACUAAUCAGUUUAGUCUUUAUUUAAUGUUUUCAAUAUAAGGAAGGAUUUAAAGUUUGUAAAUACUUACCUGUUAAUUUAUUUCCUUACGUUAUGUUUUUCGAACCGUUAAACGCUCGGUUAUAUAUAUUAUUUAUAUUGUUUCCGCACGUGAAAGAACCUUUCAAAAAACGCCUAAGUGUAACCAAACUAUUCAUCACAGAACCAGACGGUCCAAAAAAUGGAAAAGGUACAUAUAAAAUAAAAUACUACCUAAUCUCUUGUUUUUGAAGUUAUAAAUUAUUUUGGGUGCCUACUUACAAAAAAUGUAAUUAACACAUUUUGAUUUGUAGUGUUCAUUGUAAACUGAUAAAUAAUGUGAUUUGCAGAACAUCCGCUGUUGCUUGUAAAACAUUUAUAUUUAUUUCGACUUAACUUUAAUUUAAAAAAAAAAUCUAAAUUUUUGCAUAAAAUGGUGCCACCAUACACAACCACAACACAAUACCUACCUUAUUGACAAUCUUUAGACGUGCGAGAGAAAAAUUCUUUAAUUACAAAGAUACAAUAAAAUAAUGUGUACGACAAACUAAAAAGAUAGUCAAGAUUAUGUUUCAAGGUUCUAACUGCACUAGACAAGCGGUAAAACCUUAGUGUAUGACGACAUAACAUAAACAGCGAUAAUGGUGCUAAUUCUUCAAUAUGACAGUAACCAUAACACAAGCUACGCUUACUUUGGGGCUAGAUGGCGAUGUGUGUAUUGUCGUAGUAUAUUAAUAGGUACAUCUAAUAGUGUAGUCCUUUUCACAAUUUGCUUGUGGAAAAGAAUUGUAUUACUUUUCUAUCUGAACGUAGCACUUAAAAUUUAAAUCUUUGCUAUUGUGAAGCACAAAAUUAGUGCUGGACUAAGUAUUUUUUAAGCUUUUUAUAUGAAACCGUAAUAGACAAAUUAUAAUGUAGACCGAUUCAUAAAAGUUAUCUAGUUGAUAAGUAUUUAGUGCUUUAAAUAUUAAUUCCGUUUUUAUAAAUCUGUUAUUUGUAGUCAAUUAAAAUCCCUAAUGUAAAUAAUUGUAUACAAAUUGAAUUUGUAUGAUAAAAAGUCCUGUUCCAUGCACAAUUAAUUCCUCUGAAAAACCUUAAACCUAAAAUCGAUUGACCUUUGUUCCUUUGUAGGUAUAGUUCUUCUAUCUUAUAAAGACCGUUUGGCUAUAACGCGUUUUUCGGUUGGUUGAUAACAGGAUGUUUAUUUACACGCCAUAGUAAAUGUAGAUUGAAAUGACCGUUAAUCGCUUUACUUCUCAUUAAGUGGCCACAGUCAAAGCUUUGCUCCUUCGCAAGCCAGAAGUAGUUUUCUAGGAUCGAAAAAAUGGAUCUUAUUGCGAUUGUCUCAAAGCUCGAAUUUUUCUUCUCCAUUUCUUUAGCUCGGGCUUUUGACAAAACGUUGAUUCAAAAAAUCACAAGGACAGAAUUCACGAUUCCAACACGAGCGACUUUAGGUAAAUUUUUACUUUGAUGAUACCUAAUUAAAUACUCGAAAACGACUCCUCGAUUACUAGGGAGCAAAUCUUGUACUAUAGGGUCUCUGGGCGGAUGGUGGGCUAUCCGCGUACCGCAACUACGGCAGGGGUGGGUGGCCGUUUAUUGGUAUGUUCUCCUGUCGGAGGGAUGGACAUGCCAGGCCGCUAUGUCCUGGAUGUUAGGACGGGCUGAGGGCUGACAUCUGAGUAAUGCAAUGAAGACGUACGAAUGGAUACAUGUUAUGUACGCCCGCAAAAGACCACACGGCGUCCAAAUGGUGUCAUUAGCGACGUCUACAUCUGCGUCCUGCGUUUGGCCAAUCACAACACUUGAAUCAAAACAGCAUGGCUUGUCAAUGGUCGCACGUAGAACGCACGCUUGAACGCCACAGAAGACGCUGUAUAUAUAGUUAUUGUCAAGUGUCCUGCAACUCGGGAUUUAUUGUUUCAACGUACAGAUGUACAAUCUACUUGUCAUUACACUAAACUAUUACAACCAACACUAAACGGGCUUUAUGAUAUUUGAGGAUUUCUCAAAAUUUAACCGUUGACCGGAUGUAAUGCGUCAAAUAUUAAUGAGAACGUAUUACUGCAACACGGAUUUAAAAGCACGCCUAAUUUGGAGGUUAUGCUUAUACGCACAUCUUAUUAAACCACUUGAUCUAUAAAAUCUCCCUUAUGAUGCAAUUGUGUAAAACAUAUAUUAAAAGGCAACCAUUGUUACUUGUUGUAUAAGUCAGCUUUAAAAGGUCGCCACUGAUCUACACCGCACCGCUCAAGAACAGUACACGCACGUUUGCGCUGUUUUAACAUGCGCCCAUCCCGCAAUAUGCAUUUUUACGAAAUUAGAAUCCACAUUUUGUGAUUACUAUCACACGUAACUAUUUUUCAUCACAAGCUUUGAAAGCAUUGACGAAAUUUUGCAUCACUUUUUAUUUAGACCUGAGCAAAUGAAACGUGUAUAACCAAUAGAUAGUAGUAAUAAUAAUCAACCCAGAAACGAUUAUUCAGAUGCAAUCGCCUGUAGAAGCGAAUUGAGUCUAUUUUUAUUGAUUGUCGCUGUCCUCAUAUGUCUAUCUUUACCUGCAAAUAUCUCUGUAACGUGGCACUUUGGGGUAACAUUUUUUGAUCGCCUUUCGCCCUCUUCUCUGGAAACAAUUUUAAUCUUAAUAAAGGUACUGAAAGUACCGAACGAUCUGCAAGAUCCUUCGCUUCUACGAAUUGACUUGUGUAUUCCAUUCUUCAGAAAUAGAAACUGUAGGAGCAGUGCUGUCUAGAUCAGUGUUGACCAUAACGUGCCUUCAUUAAAAUAAUGCGUCUUUUGUAAUAAUGUCUAAAUUAAUUUGCUUUGAAUAGAUGUAUUUUUAAAUCGAAUUGAUUAGAUAUGGACGUGAUUGAAAAUUAUUGAUUUAAUAAUAUUUUAAGCAUUUCUAGCCAAUUGUACUAUAAUAGCCAUUUAACAUGCUCAAACAAAGUGAUUGUGAUGGUUUUAAAGAUAUUUUUCUAUUGACCAGGACGCGUUUUGCGAAUGUAUUUAAUUUAGUUGUAAAUUGUAAUCUGUAGAAUACUAAAGAAAUAUAUUGUGGAAUUGA